UCUGGGCCUCGAUUCUUGAGUACAGUAGAAUAGAACGUUCCCCGACGAUUAUUCCCUCGUUUUGUUCUCUCCUCAACCUUACACGCUAUUCUGUACUUUUGGGGAGUAGAGCUUUUCGAUAGAACGCACAAUGCAGCGUUGCCAAGGUUCUCAACCAAUCACAUGUUGGCAUUUACGUAAACAACUACCUAACCUCUAUUGUACGUACUUUAAUGUGUAUUACAUUUUUGGUUUUAUUUUCUAUUCAUAACGUUUACGUGUGCUUACAACUAUAGACUUUAUUAUGGAUGCAAGUGAUACGACUCAAAAAAAAUGCGGCAGUAUAAAUGCUGCUCAAAAGCAGACAUUAACAGAUUUUGUGUUCGAACACAAGGAAAUGUAUGUGGGAAAAUUUACAGCUACAUACACAAAGGCGGUAAGCGAAAAACUAUGGCAAGAAGUAACGGUCCUGUUAAACAGUAUACCCGGAGGUCCAAGUAAAGAUUGGAAACUUUGGCGUAAGACCUGGAUUGAUUUAAAAAAAAAUACCAAGGCCAAAUUGUCUCGGGCCAGGAACUACGCUGCAGGUACAGGGGGUGGUCCGCCCCUACCUGAGAUUGAUACAUCCACUGAUUCCAAAAUAUUGGAAAUUUUAUCCCCCGUGUGCGUAACUGGUGAUAAAGACAUCGUGGAAUCGCAGGUGAUUUUGGAUGAUGAAAUGCACCCUGUGAUGGAUGUGGAUAUGGAAAAUAAAUAUAUAGAGGUUCCAUCAGUCACAAUUGAUGUUCCAUGCGCCUCCACAUCAACAGCCAAUGAUGUACCUACCUGUACACCUGUGCAUGAGAGAAAUACUCCAAGAAUGAAAAAAAGUUCAAAAUCGGCAAGACUUCACUCUUCGAUUGCAAACCACGAUAAAUUACUCAAACUAAACCAAGAAAAAUUGGCUAUGGAAAGCGACUACAAAAAACGGAAGCUGGAAAUUUUAGAACAAAUGAUGAAGGAUAAAAGAAGUUACCAAGAAAAAAAAAUUGGAUAUUCUUGAGGUAGCCUCAGACGCAAUUAUAAAAAUUGCAGAUAAUUUAAGUGCAAUGCAGGAUUAAUGUAAUUUUAUUGAAUAUUAGG